AUGGGUAAUGCAAUAUCUCCGUGCUUCCAGCAAAACUCCUUGAAAGCUUCUGUAAAGUUGAUCUUCUGGGAAGGAGACACAAGGAUUCUCAAGGGUAAACACAUCGCCGGAGAGAUCAUGUUUGAGUCCCCGGACAAAAUGGUUUGCCAUGCAGAUUCAUUCUUCAUCGGUCACCCGCUUCCCGCUCUCGCCAUCGACGACGAGCUCACGCCUGGUCAAACGUACUUCGUUCUCCCCAUCGAUCGUUUUGCAUGCAACGUUCUUUCAGCUUCAUCUCUCGCAGCCUUCAGUUCUUCUUCUUCCUCUUCAACCACCAGCCCCAAACGGGUCUCCCCCGUGAUCAACUUCGACCACCAGUGUCGUCCCUUCGAAUACAUAAAGGCCGAAAACGGUAGGGUUUUGAUCAAGGUGGUGCCCGAGUUCAUAACCAGGCUUAUACAGAGAGGGAAACAACUUGAUCAUGAAGAUGGAUCCGCCAGCCCGUUGCUUUGCAGCACGCCGGAGCUAAAGAAACAGUACGAUUUGCUUGUUGGCUCGAGGGAUCAAGUUUGGUCACCGAAGCUUGAACCGAUCUCUGAGCACAAAAUUAGGUUUUCGCCUUGCAGGUUCAUAGGGCUGGAAUGGAAACAGCAAGAGAAAGCUUGUUGA